UCCGCCCGCCCCCCGGCGCCCCCCGCCGCGCCACCCUCUGCGCCCCGCGGCGCCCCCCGGUCCCGCCCGCCAUGCCCGGCCCGGCCGCGGGCAGCAGGGCCCGGGUCUACGCCGAGGUGAACAGCCUGAGGAGCCGCGAGUACUGGGACUAUGAGGCGCACGUCCCGAGCUGGGGUAAUCAAGAUGAUUACCAACUGGUUCGAAAACUUGGUCGGGGAAAGUAUAGUGAAGUAUUUGAGGCCAUUAACAUCACCAACAACGAGAGAGUGGUUGUAAAAAUUCUCAAGCCAGUGAAGAAAAAGAAGAUAAAACGAGAGGUUAAGAUUCUGGAGAAUCUUCGUGGUGGAACAAAUAUCAUUAAGCUGGUUGACACUGUAAAGGACCCCGUGUCAAAGACACCAGCUUUGGUAUUUGAAUAUAUCAAUAAUACAGAUUUUAAGCAACUCUACCAGAUCCUGACAGACUUUGAUAUCCGGUUUUAUAUGUAUGAACUACUUAAAGCUCUGGAUUACUGCCACAGCAAGGGAAUCAUGCACAGAGAUGUGAAACCUCACAAUGUCAUGAUAGAUCACCAACAGAAAAAGCUGCGACUGAUUGAUUGGGGGCUGGCAGAGUUCUAUCAUCCUGCUCAGGAGUACAAUGUCCGUGUAGCCUCGAGGUACUUCAAAGGACCAGAGUUUCUUGUGGACUACCAGAUGUAUGAUUAUAGCUUGGACAUGUGGAGUUUGGGCUGCAUGUUAGCAAGCAUGAUCUUUCGAAAGGAACCCUUCUUCCACGGACAGGACAACUAUGACCAGCUUGUUCGCAUUGCCAAGGUUCUGGGUACAGAUGAGCUGUAUGGGUAUCUGAAGAAGUAUCACAUAGACCUAGAUCCACACUUCAACGAUAUCCUGGGACAACACUCACGGAAACGCUGGGAAAACUUUAUCCACAGUGAGAACAGACACCUUGUCAGUCCUGAGGCCCUAGAUCUUUUGGACAAACUUCUGCGAUACGACCAUCAACAGAGACUGACCGCCAAGGAGGCCAUGGAGCACCCGUACUUCUACGCUGUGGUGAAGGAGCAGUCCCAGCCUUCUGCAGAUAACACUGUGCUUUCCAGUGGUCUCACAACUGCACGAUGAAGACUGGGAAGCGACGGGU